UUCAUUUCUGGUUAACCAUCAGAACGUUUAGUGUUGUUGAUUUUUUCUCUUCGCAAUUAAUUUUAUUUUCUUUACCUUUUAAAUUGUGAUUAUUAUUUUAAUUUCUAUUUAAAUUGUGUCUCUUCAAUUUUCCAACAAUUUAAUUGAUUACGAAUUUAAUUCGUUAAUUAAAAGAGAAAAGAAGAAGAGGAGGAAGUAAAGGUUUCAAUCUUUUUCUCUCUUCUCUUUUCUGUUCUUGUUUUUCUAUUGCAUUUUUAUAUCAUUGAUUUUCCUUUUGGUUUCAUUUAUCUUCUUCUUCUUCUUCUUCUUUUUCAUCAUCACCAUCAUCAUCAUCUUCCUCUGAUUGUUUACCUAAUUCUCUUUCAUGAAACAGAUUUUGAAGCUUCUGUUGUGAUAAUUAUAUAAAUUAAUCUUCUUUUCAUCGCCAUCAUCUUAAAUUCUGAAAAUAUCGUCAUGUCUUCACCGAUUGUGAAUUCUGGUUCGUGUAAAGUGAGGAUAUUGCAUUUCAAUGAUGUUUACAAUGUCGAACCUCGAACCACUGAGCCUUGUGGAGGAGCUUCGAGAUUCAAAACUGCCAUUUUAUCACUGGUUGAUGAAAAUUCUAUGGUUCUAUUUAGUGGUGAUUGUGUUUCUCCAUCGAUAAUGAGUACAUUUACCCAUGGAGAGCAAAUGAUACCUGUGCUAAACGAAUGUCGUGUUGAUUGUGCUGUUCUUGGAAAUCACGAUUUCGAUUUUGGUCUCGAUUGCUUGGAGGCCUUCAUUAAGAGGACGAAUUUCCCUUGGUUAAUGAGUAAUGUUACUGACGUUGAAACGGGAAAACCUCUUGGAGGAGCUCAAAUAACUCAUAUUAUUGAGAAAGCUGGAAAAAAGUUUGGUCUAAUUGGUCUUGUCGAAGAGGAAUGGUUGGCAACAUUGUCGACAAUUGAUGUAGAAGAUGUAAUAUUUGUCGAUUAUGUCACCGAAGGACGAAAAUUAGCUAAGCAUCUUAAAGAAGAGGAAAAGGUAGAUUAUGUUAUUGCUUUGACUCAUAUGAGAUUUCCAAAUGAUUCACGAUUAGCUGCCAAUGUGGAUGAAAUUGAUCUUAUAUUGGGAGGACAUGAUCAUGUUUUCGAUGUACGAAAAGUUAAUGAUAAAUUUAUUAUUAAAAGUGGAACUGAUUUCCGUCAGUUUUCAAACAUAGAGAUAACCUUCACGGAUAAAGUGGAUAAAGGGAAUCAACCGGUGGUUGAUGUUAAAGUGGACGAGGUCGAAAUCCGUUCGACUUUUAUUGAAGAUGAAAGUUUAAGGGCUCAAAUUGAAAAAUAUGCAGAUAUUAUCGAGGGUAAAAUGGACAUGGUUUUAGGACAUUUUUAUUGUGAUCUUGAUGGUAGAUUUUCAAUUAUUCGCAAUCAAGAAACCAAUUUAGGAAACUUUUUUGCUGACAUUAUGCUUUCAUCAACAUUAUCCGAUAUAGCGAUAAUCAAUUCGGGGACACUUCGAAGUGAUCAAAUCCAUCCAAAGGGUGACUUUAAAUUAAGAGAUUUGGUUCGAAUCAUGCCAAUUAUGGAUCCGAUGAUUGUACUUUCGGCAAGCGGUGAGAUUAUUUGGAAAGCAUUGGAAAACGGUGUAUCCCAAUGGCCUAAACUGGAAGGUAGAUUCCCUCAAGUUUCCGGUGUCCAGUUCGCAUUUGACCCAUCUAAACCUCCCGGACAUCGGAUUGACCCUAAUUUCAUUAAAAUCGGUGGGAAACCUGUCGAUUUAACCAAAAAAUAUCGCUUAGCAACCAAGGAAUACCUUUAUCAAGGUAAAGAUGGUUAUACCUGUUUCAAAGAGUGCGAAGUACUUGUACCCGAAGAGGAAUGUCCCGAACUAUGUACAUGUAUUCAAAAUCAUUUCGCUUCAAUUGAUGCGCUCAGGAAUCACGUUCGACGGCCUUCUCGUCAUUUACAAAAAUUUGUCUCCGCAUCGAAAGCUCAUUCAGCUUCGUUCACAAUGAGCCUUGAUGCACCAUCAGUGCCUAAUAGUAACAAUAAUAAUAGUGAUAAUAUCAGAAGUGUCUCAUCGGAAAAUAAUAAUUCAUCAACAAUCAGAUCUUCAUCACCCGAUCCGAUUCAUCGUGAUAUCGAACUGGAAUUACGCCGUUUAGAACCUAAAGUUGAAAAUCGAAUAAUCAUCUUAACUAACGAGGAAAUGCGAAGACGAUUAGAGGAUGAAAGAAAUGGUUCCAUUCAAAUUUAAUCAGGAUCUCUCGUCUUUCCAAUGAUUAACUCUUUCACUAAUCACAAUUUAUUAAUUGUAAACACCCAGACACACAAUUAAAAAAGCCUUCGGAAAAUUGUUACCUGUUUUUCCCCUUCUCGAAAAUUCAUCAACAAGAAUUUAAUUCAAUAACUUGAUCUCGUCAACAAUUAACGGAUUACACACAAACACACAACUUGAUUGUCAUUCUGAUUAACUUAAUUAUUUAAUAAUUUUUAAUUUUCAUAUCAAUUUUGCAGAUUGAUAAUUAAUUUUGAUUUUCAUUGAAGAUGAGUAAAAGGAGGUGGACAAGUUAAUGGUGACGGGAAUCAUAAUUGAUGUUACCUGAUCAUUUCAACUAAUAAUUACAACGAAAAUUUAAAUUGUGUAAAUAAAUGAUGCUCAACAAUUAA